CCAAGUACACGGGCCAGCUGAACAGCAGCAAUAGCCACAGCGCAUCCGAGUUUGAUUUUGUGCCCGGCAAGGAUCUGAUCUCGCUGCCGAUUGUCCGGGCGCCGGUGGAAGCGGAGACAGCCGGAAAAAUGCCGCUGCACUCGAUCACAGCGAAGCCAAACGAGCGCUGCCCCUCGCCGGUGGUGCCGGCCUAUGCCAAUUUCGAGCUGGCCAAGCGCAUGCACCAGGACAAUCUGGAUCACCAGCCGCUGCCCGAUUGCGUUGCGGAUCUGGCGUAUCGCCGGGCACAGAUUGGCGGCGCCCAUGGCGGACUCGCUCUGGACAUUGAUCCGAUUGCGACGGGCGUGGGCGUUAAGACGCACAAUGCCGGGCCGACGCACUGCACCAAGAUGAAGGUGUUCCGGCCGAAGACGGGCGGCGUCCUGCCCAAGGCAUUGGCCGGUGACAAUUAUCGGGGGAUUGGCUCGGCGCCCGCCAAAAAGAUGGGCGCCAUGGAUCUGGCCAUUGGCUGGGACUUUAAGCCCAUCGAUCCGGCGGAUGAGCCGCGUCUGGCCAGGCACAUAGACGGCACCAAUGACUCGGCCGGCCCGGCUGUGUUCACGUGCGUGAAAACGCCGCGCGACAAUGCGCCCGGCGGCAACGGCGCGGAGCUGGGCCGCUCGGCGGGCGUCUUUACCAGCACCUUGGGUGAGCCGGAUUUCUUCGACAAGGAUCUGCUGCGCCGCAAAUCCGACUUUGCGGGACGCGCCAUCGAGCGCGAGGACAACUGCGCCUGCGACUAUUCGCCGCCAGCCCGAGCGCGCAGCGUUUCGCGCGAUUCCAGCGCCUCGCAUUGCCGGCGUGGAGGAGGAGAAGGAGGAGGAUGUGGAGGAGGAGGAGGAGGAGGAUGCCUGCCCGCCAAUCGGCUGGCCAAGCAGUAUCAGUCGACGCCCCUGCUGGGCGACAAGGCGUAUCAGGCGCUGCGCGACAAGUAUCUCGGCCCGGACACCGACGAAUCGCCGUCCGGCUGUCAUCCGGGCCCGUCUACCGGCUGCAAGCGGGAUCAGCUGCUGCGCCGGCCGGCGCGACGCCUCUGCCACAAGGUGGCGCCGGCGCCCAACUGCUGCCCCUCCUCCGAUCACGGUCACGGUCACGGUCAUGGUCAUGGUCAUGGUCACGGUCAUUGUCUGACCAGCAAGGCGGCCUUUCGUGCCGGCAUGCCCCGGCUGAAUGCCAGCGGCGAUUUUGUGGGCAUCUCAACUGGUUGCGGCGGCGGCGGCGUCGCUGGUCGCGUUCUGGUCGUGCCACGCCCCCGCCAGCCAUAUGCUAAGAAGAACUAUGAUAUCGAUACGCUGGUGCCGCCAUUUCGCAGCCAAGGCGGCGGCGCCGGCCAGGGCGGCUAUCCGGAGCACUGGCGCCUGGCCAGCGUCUAUCAGCACGCCUACAAGCCGAUCGAACAGCGCCGGCGUCCGCUCCUGCAGACCGUCUACAAGUAGAGCUCAGGGCUUCCCAUCACACGAAUUCCCAUCCGGCUCCUCUUCAGGAGCUUGGGGAUUUCUCUUUAAGCGUCUCCCAGU